CAAAACUGCCAUGUGGAAUAAAAUAACAUUAAAAUAAAUGUAAAUUAUUUUUUGCCAAACAACUUCCCUACGUAACCAGGUACUCGUAGUUUCAUAUCAUCUGCUUCUACUUCUCGCAUCAUCUCCAAUUGCUCUAUUUCUGAUUUAAUCGUACAAGCAAAAGUUGAUAGCAGGUUUCAACUUUCCGUUAUGAUCGAAACAAGCUCCUGCCUCUUUCUCUAUUUCAGCCCCAUCCAUUGAAGUUAUUCCAUGAACAGGUUUAAUUUAAUGGAUAUGGGUUCUCCGAAUUUCAAUUCAGACUCUAAUAGUUCAUCUUCAAGUGAAGUGAACUUUCACUUUCCAAACAUUACUUUCAUGGCGCAAAUAAGAAUUCGGAUGCUCCCUUGAUUGUUUCUUCAAUGUUGACCGCCGUAAAGUUCGCUCUUGACGGCUCAACAUCAGGUAGAUGCUAUAUUCGCCGUGAUAGGAAAGAGCACCAUGACAUAAUAGUUAAUGACUACUUCAAAGGUGAAAACUCAAAGUACACCCCAGAACUUUUUCGUCGUCGAUUUAGAAUGAAUAUUGAAUUAUUCAAUAAAAUACUACAAGAUGUUGAGAACUAUGACAAUUAUUUUCAACAAAAGACAGAUGCUGUUGGAAACAUUGGGUUGAGCCCCCUCCAGAAGAUGGUUGCAGCAAUACGUAUGCUUGCAUAUGGUUGUCCAGCUGAUUUGCUUGAUGAAUAUGUUCAAAUUGGAGAAAGUACCGCAGUUGAAAGCCUAAAGCGUUUCUGUGAUGCUAUUUUAGGACUCUUUGAAAAGCAUUAUUUGAGAAAACCAAAUGAGGAUGAUAUUAGAGUGCUCCUAGAAGAAAAUGAGACUCGAGGAUUUCCCGGUAUGCUUGGCAGCUUGGAUUGUAUGCAUUGGCAAUGGAAAAAUUGUCCCACUGCUUGGCAUGGCACGCAUACGAAUGGUUUUAAA